UCAGGCUUCCGUAGCUACCUCCUUCCCCUGCCACCUUCCCGUCAUAGUGACAGCAUGGGUUCUUUCACAAACUUUAUGUCAAUGUUUUAUUAUUAGUUUGUUUUGGUACUGGAUUAUCGGCUAUUUUCUGGAUUCCUUUGCCCACAUAGACCCCAUGUUUACCACCACCGGGUCCCGGGGCCUCUACAAGGCUCCUCUGUCCAAAAGCCUUCUGUUAGUCCUCAAUGGACUGACUCUGAUGCUGAUCCUUCUGCCUCAAUACCAAGAACUCUUCAUCUACAACCUGCAGGCUCUCACACAACAGCAGCAGGUGUGGAGGUUGUUGUGUGGAAGACUUGUCUGUCUAGAUGUUAAGGACUGCUUUUGCUGUAGCCUGCUGAUUUACAACUUUAGGAUCUUUGAGAGGAGGUUCGGCACCAGGAAGUUUGCCUCCUUUCUAUUGGGCACUUGGUGUUUCUCUGCCCUCACAGACUUUGUGUUGGUUCAGGCUUUUCAGCAUCUGUUUGACUAUGAAGUGGAAGAACUUCCUGCUGGACUGCUUGCACCAGUUUUUUCUUUGUUCGUGCCUUUCUACCUGUCAAUCCCCAGGAUGCCAGUCACCCAAAUACUUGGUCACAUCCACAUCACCAACAAAUCUCUGGUGUACAUAGUUGGCUUGCAGCUACUGACUUCCAGCCCCUUCAUGUGGCUCCUUGCUCUUAGUGGACUGGUCUCGGGCGGGCUGUACCUCUCCAAUAUUUUGUGGGUCCAGAAGAUUCUCUUUGUUCCUGCAUGGGUGUCUCGUAUCGCCCGGUAUAUUCUGGAGCCCAUCGUCUCAAGCUCCCAGCCAAGCAAUGAGACGCCUCUGGGGAUGGGGGCCACUCUGGACAUUCAGAGGCAGCAGAGAAUGGAUCUGCUGGACCAGCAGCUGCUCUUGGCCCAAUAUAACGAGGCUGGAAGGAACGCCACACGUCAGCCUCAGGCUGGGCUAUUACAGUGGACCAGGUUGUUAUCUUCUCUGAGGCACCGUGGGCAGAAUGGACCCCCAAUGCAGCCCCAACCUCAGGCUCAGACACACCAGUCCCCUCAGCCACCAUCACUGAACAAUUCUCCUGUUGCAGAGGAACAGGUGGCACGGUUAGUGGAAAUGGGCUUUUCCAGAACCGAUGCCCUGGAGGCCCUCAGAGCUUCGAAUAAUGAUAUUAAUAUUGCGACGAACUUCCUUCUCCAGCACUGAAGGAAAAACGCUCAGAGAUGGGGAAUAACAAACACAAAAUGUAAUAAAAAAAUUUAAUAAGCAGACAGACAAAGAAUGCAGGUCUAAUAAGAAACUAAAGCAGAGUAAAAAAAAAAAAAGCAAAUCUGAGGAAAGUGAAAGGGAAAUAGUGGAUAGUAAAAUGCAGAAUAAAAGAAGAGAUGGAUUUUGUUUGGACAAUCUGAAUGCUUCGCCGCUGCCCCCCUGAGGCGGCGUUUGGCUAAAGCAGCCUGAACUGAGGCCAGUCGCAGGCUGGUUGAUGGGGAAGUGAGAAGCACAAAGUGAAAGCCGUUUGCGUCACGGCUGCCUACUGGCUGUUACUGUCGGAGGCGGGUGUUGUUGCUCAAGGGAAAAAAAAGUUGGAGCUCCAAUUCCCAGGUAUCUCCUUUGAAAAAUACAUCAUACAGAUUUCAGUCUAUUACAUCUUCAAAACACCAGGCUUUUGUCCCACCGAGAGAGGAAAAAAAAGGUAUGUAACAGCAUAUUAAAUACAGUUUUAUGUAUCCUCAUUUGAUAUAACAUCACGUCCAAAAUGGCUACAUUGCAAGGAUUAGGAGUGGGGGGGGGCACAAUACAUCCCAAAAUUAGUCUAAAUUGAAUAAUUUUACGGGUAACUGGAGAAAAACCUUUUUGGCCAGGAGACUUUAUUCCUAUGUUCCUAACAGAAAACCUCUUAACAUUGUAAUCUACUUUAGUGAGAUUUUAACAUUGUUGGUUGGGUUUGUGUAAAAAAAUUUAAUAAGCAGACAGACAAAGAAUGCAGGUCGCCCAACCCCCGGUUUGUGUAAAACCCAACCAACAUAAAAAGUCUUUAUAAGUUUCACGUACUUUAUGGAUCUAACUGGUUUGACCCAUUUUACCUGUGCAGGUACUUGGUUGCAGCUGCAGCCAGGUUAGAUGGGCUUUCUCAGGGCCACAUAAUGUGACUUUCAAUUGUGGGGGAUGUUUUUUGGUUUCUUUCUGCUGUCUUAAUCGAGCUGUCAUAGCACUUCUGGUGGAAUUCUUAAAGUCUUAACAGUUUGUUGAUAUUUAUUAUGCAAUAUCAAGAUGAGAAAUGAAUGGAAACUAUGCACUACAUAGUUACUGUGUGUAAACUUACAUGCAAGAGAACUUAUAUUACAGCCACUGUGUACUGAUGUCAAAGACAAAUGCUAGUUUUAUAUUUUGCCUGUAACAAUACGUGUAAUAUAUGUCCACUGAAAUGAGUUCUUUGUGUGUGUAAAUAUUUUUGAGAUGAUUCUAAUUAUAGGUGUGAUGAAGAAGUUGUUGCAUGGACGACUCUCGGAUGAACUCCAAAUCAAACAAUCAGUGGAAUAAAUUGACUUCCUGACUGAA